AUGUCAAAGAGCGCGCCCACACAGGAGCUUCACUUUGUCAUUGGAGGAGCUGGGUUUCUAGGCUCGCACAUUCUGAAUGCGCUUGUGAAUCGUGGCGAGAAGUUUGUGGCAUCAUUUGAUAUCCGUGAGCCCACAGAAGCCAUUCAAGGUGCCCGUUACUAUGAAGGAGACCUUACCAAGCCGGAAACAAUUGUUCAAGCUAUGGACGACGCUCAGCGUGAUUUUCAAUCUGGCACUGAUCGCUUGUCUGUAGUGGUUUAUCACACAGCGAGUCCUGUUGCCGGUCUAGGGCCUGAUGUGUACGAGCGUGUGAAUGUGCUAGGGACAGAGAAUGUGAUCGACGUAUGCAAAGACCCAAAGAACCGGGUGACGAAGCUCGUAUUUACAUCAAGUGCGGGUGUCGUGUUCACGGGGCAUGACUUGAUUUAUGUGGACGAACGCCUUGACUAUCCGACCACGCCCAUGGACGCUUACAAUGACACGAAAGCUCGUGCUGAGAAGGCUGUGCUCGAGGCCAACGACGAGAAUGGACUAAAAACCAUUGCACUUCGUCCUGCUGGCAUUUUUGGCCCCGGAGACCGCCAGGCCCUACCUGGUUUUUUCCAAGUGCUGGAGAAAAAGCGCACAAAAUGGCAGAUUGGCAACAACGUCAACCUGUUUGACUGGACCUAUGUCGAAAACGUGGCACACGCGCACUUGCUUGCGUCUGAUAACUUAGGAGUCAAUGGGCCAAAUGGCCGACCCGCCUCGGCCUUGCCAGCUCAGGACCUGGUCGACAAAGUGCUGCCCAUGCCCCAUGGUGAUUCGGAAAAACCCCGGGAGGUACCCACAUCUUUGGAAAGGGAGGAUGUUGAGAAGGCAGCAACCGAUUACUGCCGCUCUGUGAAACCCCUUAUCGACAUGUCGAAUGACGAGCAGGUGGAUGAGCGGCCUGAAUACCGUAAUCGCUUCGAUCCCUUUUUCCAUCAUGCUAAUCCAACAGUGGCAUGCGGCGGCAACCCGCGCCCGAAGGUGUAUUCGCUUGCCAAGGAUAAAUUAACGGCGGCCGGUGAGGCCUUUUUCAUCACGAAUGGGCAGCCUAUUCCCUUUUGGGACUUCCCUCGCUCUCUAUGGUACCGCUAUAAUGGCCAUUAUGACAAGCCUAGUAGCUUGAUCGUGCUGAGCUUGUGGUUUGCCUUGACUCUAGCGUUCCUUGCUGAGUGCUUCUCGAAAAUCACCGGUCGCCCUGUGCAGUUUACACGCUAUCGUGUGACGUAUACCGCAUGUGCGCGUUACUACAACAUUGAAAAGGCACGUCGUAUCCUAGGUUACGAGCCUAUUUAUGGCAUGGAAGAGGCUAUCGACCGAAGUGUUGACUGGUGGAAGUCGAUCCACCCACCGUCGAAGACGUACAAGGACGAGACGCGCAAGACCAAGUAG